UGGUGCCGUCGGCUCUGCAGAUUCCGUGCAGGUUGCUGAUGUGAUGGAGACGGAGGAGAUGAUCUAGGCGAGUUUAUUUAGCACGGACGACGUCGCCCGAUCCGUGCAUUGAUCUCAUCCCAUCGCUCACCCACGGACAGGGCCAGCAUGGAGUCAGAUCUGCUGCGAGCACAAGGCCACAACUCGGGCUCUUACAACAGCUUCGGGAGCCCAAGCGACGAGGACCCGGACGAGGUGGCUUCCGACUUUGUUCCCUUGAACUCCGACCACUCCUCCGGCCCUGACCUUCCCCAAGACCCCACAGCCGGCCUCAGGCAACUGACACGCGAGCGUCCAUCUUGCAUCAACACAGCGGCGGCGUCUUGGAGGACAGCAGAGCAGCCUACAGCAACUGAGGGGGUCAUUGGCAGCACAGUGGUGGUGAGCGAUGCUGGCGGAGGUGCUGGUGUAUCGGGGUUGUCUCAGCUGCUGGAGAUCUUGGAGGAGCCCAUCCCAGGCGUGGGAACCUACGAUGACUUCCACACCAUUGACUGGCUCCGGGAGAAAUCGCGUGACAGAGAGAGGCACCGCACAAUUUGGAGUCGUCGUAAGAGUUCCGUGUGGGAGUUUUUGACGAGCGUGCACGAUGCCUGGUCCGGGUGGCUGGUGGUAACGCUCACAGGGCUUGCAGCAGGUGCGUUGGCAGGCUUGAUCGAUAUUGCGGCCGACUGGAUGUCACAGCUCAAGGAGGGCAUUUGCCUGCCUGCAUUCUGGUUCAACCGCGAACAGUGUUGCUGGACGUCCAACGAAACCACCUUCUUGCAACGAGACCGAUGUCCACAGUGGCACAGCUGGGGACAGCUUGUGAUGCGUACUGAUGAGGGUGCCGGCUCCUAUAUAUGUAACUACAUAUUGUACGUGCUCUGGGCUGUCUUCCUGGCACUCGUGGCUGUCCUGCUCGUCAAGAUGUUUGCUCCCUAUGCGUGUGGCUCCGGGAUUCCUGAGAUCAAGACGAUCCUGAGUGGCUUCAUCAUCCGGGGCUACCUGGGUAAGUGGACGCUGCUCAUCAAGACGGUGACGCUGGUGCUCGCAGUGUCGUCCGGGCUCAGCCUGGGCAAGGAGGGGCCCUUAGUUCACGUCGCCUGCUGCUGCGGAAACAUCUUCAGCUACCUCUUCCCCAAGUACCGCACCAACGAGGCCAAGAAGAGGGAGGUACUUUCAGCUGCCUCUGCAGCAGGGGUGUCGGUGGCAUUUGGGGCACCUAUUGGAGGUGUUCUCUUCAGCUUGGAGGAGGUGAGCUACUACUUCCCGAUGAAGACGCUGUGGCGCUCGUUCUUCGCGGCGCUGGUGGCAGCGUUCGUGCUCCGUGCUCUUAACCCCUUCGGGAGCAGCCACCUGGUGCUCUUCUACGUGCAGUACCGACGGCCGUGGCACCUGCCCGAGCUGCUGCCCUUCGUCGCGCUUGGCGUAUUCGGAGGUCUCUGGGGUGCUGCCUUCAUCAAAUUCAACAUUGCCUGGUGCCGCCGGCGCAAGUUUUCCCGCCUCGGACACUUCCCUGUCACCGAGGUGCUGGUGGUGGCGCUGGUGACGGCUGUGCUCUCCUACCCGAACCCAUACACGCGCAAGAGCAGCAGCUCCCUCAUCGCAGAGCUGCUGCGCGACUGCAACCCCUUGCAGCAGGCAUCCCCACUCUGCGGGCUCUCCCCUCCGUCCUCCCCGUACCCAUCGCCAUCCUCCUCUCCGUCCCCAUCCCCGUCGGGCCUCGCCGACAACGUCACAAGUUGGACCACCCCCGUCACCACGACCACAGCUGCGCCCCCUGAUCUGGAUUCCCAGAAUGCAUCACUGUGGCUGCUUGGCCUGGCCCUCGUCUUCAAGGUGGUCAUCACCGUGUUCACGUUCGGCAUGAAGGUGCCGUCGGGCCUGUUCAUCCCAAGCAUGGCGGUGGGCGCAGUAGCCGGGCGGCUGCUGGGCAUUGGGGUGCAGCGGAUGGCAUGGAGCCACGGCGCUGCACUGGGCAUCGAUGGCUGGUGUAGCCCAGGCACAAGCUGCGUCACGCCUGGCCUCUACGCCAUGGUGGGCGCCACUGCAUGCCUGGCGGGUGUGACUCGCAUGACGGUGUCGCUGGUGGUGAUCGUGUUCGAGCUGACGGGCGGCCUGGAGUACAUUGUGCCACUGAUGGCGGCCAUCAUGACGAGCAAGUGGGUGGGCGAUGCCUUUGGCCGCGAGGGAAUUUACGAGGCGCACAUUCGCCUCAACGGGUACCCGUUCCUCGAGGCCAAGGAGGAGGUGACGCACACCACGCUGGCGGCCCACGCCAUGCACCCGCGUCCCGGUGAGCCGCCGCUCACGCUCCUGACGCAGGAGGAUAUGACGGUGGGCGAGGUGCGACAGCUUGUCCAUGAUUCCACGUGUAACGGCUUCCCGGUGGUGGCGUCGCGCGAGUCUCACCGCCUCAUCGGCUUCGCGCUCCGCAGAGACCUCACCCUGGCUCUCGAGAACGCGAGCGAGCGGGCCGAGGGCCUCGAUGAUUCGUCACUCGUGCUCCUCGGGCCUCCGCGGGCGGACACCGCCCGAGCCUCUGUGACCUCCGAGCCUCUGAGCUGCCCUCUACACGCAGCGCGACCUCUCAAGCUGCGCUCCAUUGUGGAUGAUGCCCCCCUCGCUGUGUCCGACCGGACGCCUAUGGAUACCGUCGUGGACAUGUUCCGCAAGCUCGGCCUGCGCCAGUGUCUCGUCACGCGCAACGGACGGCUGCUCGGAAUCAUCACAAAGAAGGAUGUCCUCAGACACAUGGCUCAGUUGGCCAAUGAAGAUCCAAAAUCUAUAAUGUUCAACUAGCCAAGAAACUGAAUAACUCAAGGAGGCUCAUGAUGGCCACAUCCCCAAGCCAGUAAUCCAGUAGCAUCACCAAGGUCAUGGGAACUCGCCCACUCUAGAUUAAAUUUGGUUCUCAAGUGCAGCGAGUUGUUGGUUUCAACUCGGUCCCCAGUGACUGCACAAUGUAAAAACUCAUUUGACCUCACCCAGCUUUGAGGAAAUCAAUUAAUGAAGACAAUUAUUGGUCGACGUUCAGAAAAAUCCACAUUUUGAAGAGAACGAAAGAGUCUCGUGUUGGGUAAAGUGGUCUGUUGGUAUGACUUCGACUGAAGCAGUUUUGUGAUGGUGUACCGUGGUGACGAGAUGCUAAAUUCAUUUGCCUGGUAUGCAGGAGGUCGUGCGUUUGAUCCGGACCCUGAUGCCUGCUGUAUAUUUGGAGUUGAAUGUUUCCGUGAUCACGAGAAAUUUUCUCCGGGUCCUCCAGUUUUUCCCUCUACGUUUCGAAACAUGUAUUUGGAGUAUUUGGCUGCUAUAAAUUUCCAAAUGACAAGCCACUUUGUUGAGCCAUCAUUUGUCGCUAGGUCACUUCUGAAAAAGGGUUAUAUAGCUCAGUUGGCCUUAUCUGGUAAAAUAAAAAAAAGUUUAGUGCUGUCACCUUCCCAGGUGGCUCCUGAAUGAAAAGGCAUGUUUUGCUGGGAAACGACAAUGCAGACAUAUUUCCUCAUGUCCAGUCCAAGGUGGAGGUGACUGGUGAUAGCUCAUCAGAUUCCUCAAGUCUAAAUAAAGAUUUGUAUUCAGAAAAAACGUUUCCAGAAGUCAAUAAUCAACUGUUCCAAAAAAUCAUCUAUCCAGCAUUUGACAAGUACUGACUAAACUAGCCCUAACUAAUGCUUUCAUGUCCAACUUAAACGAGCGAUGAGAAAUGCUCAACUUCCACUGGCUCUGAGCCAGUGGUGGAAAUUCCACAUUCUCAUGACGGGUGCCAGUUUGUCCACAGCAUGACCACUGUGGAAGACGCUUUAAUGAUACCAGAGGGAUGAUGGAUUGAGUCGAGAAGCCAAUUAUGAAUUAAACUCUUCACUUUCCAAUCAUGAACCAAGUGUUGUAAGCACAGUGCCACGUGGGCAGAUAAGAUGUGCUUCACUAGCAUUUCACAACAUAAAUACAAGUCCUCUAACUGUACGUGCAAACUAAUUAUCAUGCACGCUCACGCUUACACGCUUGCCACUUCGGGGCUUCUUGUCAAUAAGAUGCUCACGGCCUUCAGGAUCCUUAAGUUAUCAGUGACCCACGGAGGCUUCUUGUCAAUGAGUUGUACACAACUCGUUUGUGUUUCUUGCGUUAAAAUUAUUGGUAGGAAUUAUUAACUAACAGAGACAUUUUCCACAUGUGAAGCUUUGAUACCCAAUGCUGUCCGCCUGGUAAUUCCUACGCUUGUGCGCUGUCACUUCCCGUGGUCAACCAAAGUGUGUCAUCUGCUCGGGUGGAUGUUAAACGCCCAUUGAUGUCAUUUGCACAAGUUGGGCAUUGUGUGUCACCUGCGUUUGAUGUCAGACUCCAAACAUCUGAACAUACCUUAAUUUGUCUGAGAAAUUAAGCUAUAAUUGCCCUUAAUUUAAUCUUCUUCACAGGUCUUAGUUUAAACAGAGCAAAUGAAACACCUGGCUCGUGUAUUCUUACCUGAUUAAGUGAAAUACACCGGUUAGCAUUGGACAUCAGAAGAUGAUUUGCUGUUAAAUGUUUAUGUAGACAAUUGUGUCCACCUUUCCUGUAAAGGCAGAGUGCUAUGAGGCUAUUAAGACUUGAACUCCAGCCUUGGGGGCUGCUGUUUUGCGAGGUUCAUGGUGGCCAUAGAGCACCAAGAAGGAAUCUCCAAGCCCCUCUGGGCUUAGUGUGUCUCUACGAAGGUUCACAAUGGCUAUGUAUACCACUGAGCCAGAACUUCCUAGACUGGGUUCAAGUAUUUGGGGGCUUGGGUUUGUACCUCUAAAGGUUCAUAAUGGACAUAGAAUGCUGAGCCAGUUCAGCCGAGUCCGUAGGAUUGAGCGCUGGGAUUAUGGGUGUCGUUUUUUUUAGGGGCAUGCGGGCGGAAGGCUCAAAAUCACUGUCUCCUUUUUUCUGCCGUGCUGAAAAAACCGUACUUCAACAGAAACUAGAAAUAUGCGAACUAAUACUGUAUUCGAAUUUAACACGUUAAUGUGCUAUUAAGUUAAACAAUAAAAACACAACCCAAAUUGAAAUGA